AUGUCUUUAUUUGAUACCCAUCAAGAAGAUACAGAUGAAGAAGAAGAUAAUAAUGUUCAAAAACAAGAACCAACUGAUGGUGGUGAUGAUAUUGCUUUUAUAGCUAAAUUAAAAUCAAGUCGAACACUUGCUAGUAUACUCAAAACUAUUCAUUUUGCUGAUGAUGCUAUAUUUUGUGCAUUGCCAACUGGUAUAAAAAUUAUUGUGGAAGAUAAACAAUGUGUGCAAGGCAAUGCAUUUAUUGAUACACGUGUUUUUGAAUCAUAUGAAUUAACAAAGCAAGUUCGAUUUCGAUUCCAUCUUGAAACUGUUCUUAAUUGUUUAAAUAUUUUUGGUAUUCCACUCGAUCCUGUUACACAUGAACCAUUACCAACAAAUGUUGCUGUACAAAUACAUUAUCGUGAAAAUCAAACUCAUCCAUUGCAACUCUAUUUAGAAGAAGAAGGUGUUAUUACUGAAUGUUUAAUUAAAGUCUUAGAUGAUACAGAUACAAUUGAUUUCGAUUUUCAAACAGAAAAUGUUGUAACUAAAGUGGUUUUUAAAUCCAAUGGAUUUAAAGAAGCACUCAGUGAAAUUGAUCUUAAAGCUGAUUGUAUUGAAUUAAUAAUAACUCAAGAUGUUCCACAUUUUCGUCUUAUUGCUAAUGGAUGUGGUGGUUGCACAUCAGUUGAUAUAACCCAAGAUUCACCUGUUAUGGAUACAUUUUUAUGUACAGAACCAGUACAUAAUCGAUAUAAAACUCAAUUUUUUCAAUAUAUCGUACGAGCAUUAUCAAUUGCAAGUAAAUUAUCAUUACGUAUCGAUGCUGCUGGUAUUCUUUGUGCUCAAUUUCUUAUAUAUACUGAAAAAGAUAAACCAUCACUUGUUGAAUAUUUUUUUGGACCUGAUGAAGAACUUAAUGAUAUUGAAGAUAAUACACAAGCUAGUGAUGUUGUUCUAAUUGAAGAUUAA